UACGCGCACUCCAGUCUCCGUCCUCUGCUAGACAUGGCGGCGGAUCUAAACCCGGACUGGCUCUCCUGCCUGCCUUCUUCUUGGAGUUAUGGGGUUACUCGGGACGGAAGAAUAUUCUUCAUCAAUGAAGAAGCCAAGAGUACGACCUGGCUGCAUCCCGUCACCGGAGAGGCCGUCAUAACGGGGCACAGAAAAACCCCAGAUUUACCAACGGGAUGGGAGGAGGGAUAUACGUUCGAAGGAGCCCGCUGCUUCAUCAAUCACAAUGAGCGGAAGGUGACCUGUAAGCAUCCAGUCUCUGGUCUUCCUUCACAAGACAACUGCAUCUUUGUCGUCAACGAACAUGUGACUUCUGCAAAGCUUGUCCACCCCGUUACAGAUCCUGGUACUGUCAACCCUGUUACGGUCAACCCUGUUACGGUCAACCCUGUUACGGUCAACCCGGUUACACACCCGGUUACAGACCCUGUAUCAAACAGGCCUAAGGCUCCAGAGCAGGCUCCAUCAGAGGAGAGCGACCGAGUGAAGAAGGAGCGCCCGAUGAGCACCAUGAGCGAGGCGUCUAACUACACAGGAGGGUCAGACUACAGCACCUACCCUGGCAGCAGCCCUGCCACCCGGCCUUCAAGGUCUUACAAAAAGGUCCACAACUUUGGCAAGAGGUCCAACUCUAUUAAGAGGAACCCCAAUGCCCCGGCGGUCAAGAGCAACUGGCUUUACAAACAGGACAGCACGGGCAUGAAGCUAUGGAAGAAGAGGUGGUUUGUGCUGUCUGACAUGUGCCUGUUUUACUACAGAGACGAGAAGGAGGAGGGCAUCCUGGGUAGUAUCCUGCUGCCCAGCUUCCACAUCUCCAUGCUGUCUGUCGACGACCACAUCAGCAGGAAAUAUGCCUUCAAGGCGACCCACUCCAACAUGAGGACAUACUACUUCUGCACAGACACAGCCAAAGACAUGGAGUCCUGGAUGAAAGUGAUGACGGACGCAGCCCUGGUCCACACAGAGCCAAUCAGAAGACUGGAUAAGUUGAAGGUGGACCGCUGCUGUCCCCAGGAGGUGAACAACAUCCUGAACCACAACCGGGUUCUGACCCGACCAGAGAUCCAGAACAACGAGAGGAACCUUGAGCCGCGCCAGCCCUCCAUUACCCGCAGCAUGGACCGCACAGAUGGGGACAGGAAACACAAAGACCCAGAGAAACACACCCUCCAGAGAGAGCGGGAACGCUACACCCUGCAGAAAGACGGAGAGAGAUACUCCCUUCAGAAAGACGGGGUGAGCUACACGCUGCAGAGAGACGGGGAGAGGUACCUGUUGCAGAAAGACGGCGAGCGGUACGCCCUGCAAAAAGACGGGGAGCGGUAUUCCUUGCAGAAAGAUGGAGGCGAACGAUAUUCUGUGCCUAAAGAUGUUCUGAUGGAGAAAUACGCACCUCAGAAAGACGGGGAGAAGUACUUGGUACAGAAGGAUGGAGAGAGAUAUGCACUGCAAAAAGAAGGAGAGAGAUACACCCUCCAGAAAGAUGGACAGAAAUACAACCUCCAGAAAGGGGUAGAAAGGCAAACGUCUAUGACUGAGAAAGAUCGGUCAGAUCGUUAUGGGACCCUUGAUGAAAGACAGAAGUAUAAAACCCUACGGGAAGGGAGUAAGUGUGGUACCCUGCGGGAUGGAGAGAAGCAUGGGACGCUCGAUAAGUAUGGUACCCUUAGGGAAGUGGAUAAGUAUGGAACCCUCCGUGAAGGGAACAAGUAUGGAUUCCAGAGGGAUGGCAGUGCUGAGAGGCCUCUGACUAAAAUCAACAGCAUCAAGCUCCAACCAGCCCAGGCAGCAGCCAUCGCAGCAGCAGUUACAGCCUCCCGCCAGGUACAGGUCUCCCAGCACAUGGCCCCACAUCAGGUCAACGGCUCUGGGGAGCGGGCUGGGGACCAAAGCCCAGGGGAGGUGGUAGGUACCCUGGGCAGAGGAGCAGGGAAGGCCCAUGACCCGCCUCAGAACCAGCAGGCCCAGGAGCCAGAGAAGAGUCUGACCAGAACCAACUCCAUGAGGCAGCUGGAGAACUGGGUUAGGACCCAGAGGACACAAGAGGAUGACGAUACCAGGAGCAUCACCUCCUACCAGACCUUGCCCCGCAACAUGCCCAGCCACCGUGCCCAGAUCGUUCCCUGCUACCCCGAGGGUUACCGUACCCUCCCCAGGAACAUGCUGUCCCGACCUGAAAGCAUCUGCAGCGUGGCCGGCUCCGUCUACGACCGCGCCCUGGCUCCCACAUCCAACUCAGACAAGAGGCGCUCCAUGAGGGACGACACCAUGUGGCAGCUGUAUGAGUGGCAGCAGAGGCAGGCCUUCUCCAGGCAGGGCCCGCCACCACCAGGCCACUACGGGACCCUGCCCAGCCCCAAGACCAUGGAGAACAUCUCUGAGCACCAGGGGGUGGCCCACUCCAUCCCCACAUCCCCCUCCCAUGGAUCCCUGGCCCUCUACCACACCUUCUCCCCUCCGGGCCAGCACCGCAGAGACAACCCACCAGGGUCGACCAGGUCCGAGGUGUCCUCACCCGUCUUCAGAGGGGACCAGACUAUGACUAUAGACUGCAGGCACAGGAUACACCUCACCAAGUAUAACUACCCACCUGACCGCCGGUCCAUGCCAGCAGGCCUCCCAGUGCAGACCAUUACCCCACAGUCACUACAGGGCAAGACGCCAGAGGAGCUGACCCUGCUGCUCAUAAAGCUGCGUCGGCAGCAGGCGGAGCUCAACAGCAUCCGGGAGCACACUGUGGCUCAGCUAAUGAUCCUUAGCAUGGAGGGGCCCAACGCCAAGAGUGAGGUUCUGUCCCAUCACCUUCAGAGGAACCUCAUGUAUCUGGACAGCCAGACGAAGGACAAUGAGCCGUUAAUCUUCAUGAUUCACACUAUGAUUGAGAACUCUGCUCCAAGGCCUCAACUGUACCAGCAAAUCAGCCCUGAGGACUACAAAGACAACUCCUACAGCCACCAGAGGCCAGAGGACAUCGACAUAGACACUAAGCUGAGCAGACUGUGUGAGCAGGACCAAGUGGUGAGAACACAGGAGGAGAAACUACAGCAACUACACAGAGAGAAGCACACCCUGGAGACGGCUUUGCUGUCUGCCAGUCAGGAGAUAGAGCAGAGCUCUGACAACCCAGCAGCAGUACAGAGCCUUAUACAGCAGAGAGACGUACUGCAGAAUGGACUGCUCAGUACCUGUAGAGAACUGGCACGGGUCAACACUGAGUUGGAGCGGUCGUGGAGGGAGUAUGAUAAAAUGGAAUCUGGCGUCUCUCUGGCCAAAACAAACCUGUUGGAACAGCUAGAGGCCCUGGGCAGCCCACAGACAGAACCUCCCAGCCAGCAGCAUGUCCAGAUCCAGAAGGAGCUGUGGAGGAUCCAGGAUGUGAUGGAGGCUCUGGCCAAGAACAAACCCCAGAGGACCACUGACACUGGUUUCCUUGGUUCCAAACCCAUCUCAAACCUACAGAAGAACGAGCCGGUGACCUUGUUCCGGUCACUCUGUUCUCUCACGGAGGGUAACCGUCAGCCCCCCCGCCCGCCCCUCCCCCAGUCCUACGGCUCAACAGAGCGCCCUCCCGCUGUACCCCCCCUUCCCUCCCCCUCGGGCGCCCGUCCGCCACCACACACAAGCAAGCACGGCCAGAGGAACGGAACACACAGCAGUCAAGGCCCAGACUACCGUCUGUAUAAGAGUGAACCAGAGCUGACAACUGUGGCCGAGGAGGUGGACGAUAACAACGGAGAGGACAAUGACAAGGACAGACUACAGACGGGGCUGACCACUGACAAGGAGCCUGCGGCCACUAAAGUCCCAUUAGGAGUACCAGUCUACCCAGUGGGUAUCGUGCCCCCCAGGACCAAAUCCCCCAUGAGCCCCCCAGAGUCCUGCACCAUCGCCUCCUACGUCACCCUGAGGAAGAGCAAGAAGCCUGACCCCAGGACUGAGCGUCCUCACAGUGCCGUGGAGCAGACGUGCGGACCGGGGGAGAGGGAGAGCGGCAGAGCCAGGAUGAGUGUAGAGGAGCAGCUGGAGAGGAUCAGGAGACAUCAGCAGGCCUCGCUCAGGGAGAAGAAGAGAAGUAGCAGCAGUAUCUCCCCCUCACGCUCUCCAUCCUUCUCCAAGGAGAACCCCUUUGUUACACAGGUCAAGCUGGAGGUGUUCUCCACAGACACCCAGGAGCUGGAGGCAGCACUGCAAGACCUGGAGCAGGUCAGAGACCGAGUUACAGAGCAGCUGGAGAGGGACAGGACUGCAGCCGUGGAGCUGGAGAGGGACAGGACUGCAGCCGUGGAGCUGGAGAGGGACAGGACUGCAGCCGUGGAGCUGGAGAGGGACAGGACUGCAGCCGUGGAGCUGGAGAGGGACAGGACUGCAGCCGUGGAGCUGGAGAGAGACAGGGCUGCAGCCGUGGAGCUGGAGAGGGACAGGGCUGCAGCAGCUGCUGAAGAAGAAAUGGAGAGGGGUCGAGCUGCAAUAGAAAAGCUGGAGCGAGACAUGACUGAGGUGGCUGCAGUGGUGGAGCAGGAGAUGGCCAGGACUGCUGUGGGUGUAGAUGAGGAGAUGGCCAGGACUGCUGUGGCUGUAGAAGAGGAGCUGGACAGGGCUGCAGAAUUGGAGAUGGAGAGAGACCGGGCCGCAGUGGCAGAAGCUGCAGAAGAAUUGGAGAGAGCUAGAGCUGCAGCUGAAGAACUAGUCAGAGAGAGGACUGCAGUGUCUUCGGAAGAGGCGCUGGAUAUCGACGAGGCUGCAUUGGUGGAGCUGGAGAUGGAAAUCACUGUGGUGGAGGAGAUCAGCUACAGAGCUGAGGAGGUGGAUGUCAUCCCUGUCUCCAGGCUGAGUGAGGAGGAGCCACAGCCCCAGACGGAGAGCUCCAACAUGGACACAGAGGUGUCAGAGACCCAGAUGAUGGUGAUCUCAGAUCAGGGUGUGAAGCCCCUGUAUGUACAGUACCUGAUCCCUGGACAACAUCAACAGCAGGGGGAGAGGGAGACAGAGAGGAGAAACACCCACACUCCCAACACCCUCAUUCCCCACAACAGUUUGCCAGCUGCUGUGUCAGAAGCACUGACUCCUGAACUUGAGGAGGACGUGAUGCAGAGUGAGGCGAUGCAAGGGGAGACCCAGGGGAACAACAUGAACAUAUCCUAUGAACUACCAGCAGAGGGAGCUAAACUCAACAACAACCUGAUGGCAGUGAAAAGCCUGCCCUUUCCGCCCCAGUCCUCCUCCUCUCCCUCUCCUCCAUCUCCUCCUCAACUCACUGACGGAUCCCACUUCAUGUGUGUGUAGACGUGUCGAGGAGGUGGUUCUGUGAACUGAACUACACUCACUCAGACAUUGACCUUGGUGAGCAGUGACUCAUAAGCGAUGCCAGCCUGGAGACCCAAGAUGGCAUCCUACCGAGCCAUGAUGGCACCAGCCAGCCUGCACAGAGCGUGCCCAGUAGCUCUCUGUAUGUAUAGAAACAACUGUAGCCAGACAGACAGAAAGAGUAGAUCCACAGGCCUGCUCGUAUUACUUACUGCCUGCCUACACAAUAACUGUGAUGCAAAAUGUUUUCAUUCACACAGAGAUAUCAGAGGACAAGAUAGUAUUACCAGAGUGAUAAUUGAUGAUGAUUAUUAUUAUUACAGGUACUAUGAUGGUCUGUUAUUUUGGACAUGUUCUUUGAGGAUGUCUUGAGUGUCUAUGAGCUGAGCACUGCUGUGAAAAGGAGAGGACUGUACAGUUGUAAAUAAGAGCACUAGAGGAGUCUCAUACUGGGAAGAUCUCAAUUGCAUACUCCUUGCGUCCUGUCUCCUUCUCAAAUCCCACUGGAGGAGAAGGUCAGAGGGGAAGGAUAUCUGGCUUUCUCAUCUAAUGGGUUUUGAGAAGGAGACAAGGACCUGAGGACGGGAGGAGUAUGCAUUUGAGGUCUUCCCACAAUCACACACUAUUGAGAGGGCGAAGCACCGAAUCUACACACACUAAGGCAGUGCUUUACUUUAACCACACGGGGGCGCCAUAUGCUCUCGUCUUUUUUACUGGUUUUACUCCCAUUUAAGUUUUUAACCUGAGGCACCAAAUGUUUCAUUUUCCACAUAUUUUACACCGCACAUUCCCUCAUUGUUCAAACAAGUUGUUAAUAUAUACAUAUAUAAAACAUAUAGAGUGAACUAACUAUACAAUGGGUUUAUACUUCAAUAAGGUGCCACCCUAUUGCUGCUGUUGGACAGAGUUUAAAUAUUUUAUAAAGGUUGUGAUUAUUUAUGUCGGGAGGAUCGGGAUCUGGUCGCCGCUGACAACCACACGUAAAUGUCCUGGGUUAGAAUCGAUCUGCUUCUCUGGGGUUUUUUUUUCUACGGCUGAGAUAUAUUUAAAGUAAAAUAUAGAAGAGAGAUCAAAUAGUUUUAUGAGAUUAGGGUUGUGUGUUAGAUUCUGUCUGGUUGUGUGGAGUCCUGGACAGAGAGAAGAGAAUAGCACAUGUAUAAGCAAUAAGCAGGCGUUUUGUUCCCCCAGGACGUUAAAGUAUAAUGUACAUAAAUGUAAAGUUUCAUUGUGUAAAUGAUGUACACCAUAGAAAGAGCAGAGCAGAAAUUAUAAGUCUGAGGUUAUUAUUAUUAGAGUUAAUAUGAAAAAUGUUCAUAUCUCAUCUGUUUUAUAUCAUGUGAAAUAAAUGUUGAUGUUCUUAAA